AUGCCCCAGCUUAAUCCAACCCCUUGAUUUAUAGUCUUUAUUCUAAUCUGAGUAUUUCUCAUCAUAUUUUUUACAAAAACCUUAAACAACAACCCCCCCCUCUCAACUUCACAAUAUUAUAAGCAACCCAGUAAUCACCACUGAAUCUGACCAUGACUUUAA